GAACGUCACCCAAUCUGCUCGAAAAAUCCAUUCGACGUCGCCUCGCGUUUUUCGCAUCGUUUCGCGAUCUGUCGAAAGACGAGAAGUUUAUUGUUUUUGUUUCGUGUCACAUAAACUUUGUGCCAGCGCAAGAGUUUUCGUCACACAAUCGAUCGGCGGAUUUAAAAUCGGUGAAAAUUCGUGCCGCAUUGAACUCAGCGGAGUGAUCCACGUAGGUGCCUCUGAUUAGCGACGGAACUUUUCUCCCGGAACCUAGAAGCGGAACUGCCGCAAUGUCCUACCGUAUACUCCGGAAGUUGCAGGGCAACGAGCUCGAGAUUAAGGACCCCAUCGACGAGAUUUCGGAUGGGGCCGAUGCGGAUUACGACAGCACCAGUAUCGGAAGCCAGACUCGCAAGAAAAUCAAUAUUAAUCGAUUCGAUUUGUUAAACCAGCAGCAGUCGCUCUCGGAGAGCGAAGUCAAGGAGGACGAUAACGACGAAACGGAACGGGACGCCGCCGGAGGAACGCAAAACACAAACCUGGCCGAGUGCAAAAAGAAGAAGAAAAAGAAGAAGAAGCGCACCGGCAAGUACGUGGCCAGCUCGGCUCGUCGCAGCAGCGAGGACAAUGCCGACGCGGAAGACGACUUUGCCAAAACCGUCAAGGAGGUCGACCAGCUCUUUGCCGAUUACGAGAAGUCGGAAAACAGAACGUCCGUGGCCAACCAUGUUAAUGGGUCUGGGUCAAGCUUUUCCGCAGGGAAAACGCUCCUAUCGGUUCAGCACAAGAACCUGAAUCCGCAGUACGAGAUGAAGCGGAUGUUCGGCAGCAAGGUUGUGGCCGACCAGCAGAACAAACGUCGGAACAAUAAUCGAGGGGCUCCGCGUACGUUGAAAUCCACUUACUUGGUCAAUCCCAAAGACAGUUGGCCACCGGUGGGCAAAUCUGGCAUCUACAUGAACCUGGUACAGGCACCGGAGCAAACCUUGGGGGGCACUUCCAAGGGUGUCGCCGACAAGAACGUGAUCUACUUCGCUUUCGAGCACAAUCCUUCGUACAGACAGAUUCAGCAGACGUUCUUGAAUGCCGUGGAGAGUAUGGAUUCAGACAACAUCAUCAAGAUCAUCAACCAGCAUCCGUAUCAUGUGGAUUCGCUUAUUCAGCUGAGCGAGCUAUGUAAAAUGUCCGAAGACCAUGCCAUGGCCUCGGAGUUGAUCGAGCACGCACUGUUCGCGCUGGAAUCUUCGUUCCAUACGAUGUUCAGCUUGACGCAGGGAACCUGCCGGUUAGACUACCGUCGACAGGAGAACAGAGCGCUUUUCGUAACACUCUUCAAACACUCGCAGUACCUCGAGUCUCGAGCGUGCUCUCGGACUGCCCUGGAAGUGGCCAAAUUGAUACUUACAUUCGAUCCCGUCAGCGACCCUCUGGCGAUCAUUCUGAUGAUAGACUUCUACGCCAUUCGGGCCAAACAGUACGAAUGGUUGGUUCAGCUGUACGACGAGUGGGAGGCCACCAACAACCUGUCCCAGCUUCCGAACAUGGCAUACUCCUACGCUCUGGCACUGUUCUACUUGAAACGUCUAGACGCUGCCGAUCGCGCUCUGCAGUACGCCUUGCUGAUGUUCCCGGCCGUGCUGCGAUUACUGCUGAACGAACUGGGUAUCCAGCCGGAUUCUCGGGUUAUCGGUCACAGCUAUUUCGCUGCGAGUACCUACGACAAAGCCGCAGUGGCCCUGCAACAGCUCACGUCUUUAUAUGUCUCACGAUCGAAGCUGGUGUGGCGCGAUACGGAGAUUCUACCGUGGUUGGAACGGAACGUUGCAGCGGUGCUGGAUCGAGUGGAUUCCAAGGAUGAGAUCGUGGCAGAGUAUACCGCCAAGCGGAAUCAGAGGUACAUGAACCCUCCGAGGGCUAUCUUGCGGCACAUCGUCCUGUCGGACUUCAAGGAGAAGGUUCCUCUUGCACAGUUCAUCAAGAAGGAAACAGAGCCGGUGCUGAUGUACGAUCCGCUGCCCCCACUGGAUUCAAUCAACAUCUACAGCAGGCCAUCAAUCAGCCCGACCACGCGGAACAUGAUCAACGCUUCGCCGUUUUCGAUGUUUUUCCAAUCCCUGCUGCCGAGCUUCAGUCUGCAGCAAGCGCAACAGCAGCAACCGGGCCAGCUACCGAUCCGCAACCGCGAGGCCGGCGAAGGCCCUGCAGCUGCUGCUGCCGCCGGUGCCGGAGUGGGUGCUGCAGCGGGCGAAGGUGCCAUUGCCGGCUUGCAGGCGUACACCAAUUCGCUCAACUCGAUCGUGGACGCCAUGCGAGACUUCCUGUCCGACAUACGGGUGCUGGAGCGGCCCAACGACGCCGACGUGGACGACAAUGAAAGCUCGGACGGGGACGAGCCGAAUGACUAUCUGACGUAAGCUAGAGAAACGUUUUUCCUUGGAGGUAGGUGAUAGUCGUUACGUUUCAUACUUUUCCAAAUUGAGGUUGGUGUUGACCAAGGAUCAGAUUGAGGAACGCCGCGUCGCUUAUGAUUUUGAAAACUUUACAUCACACCGAAAGUAGUCAAUUUUUAAGGCUUUCUAGUUUGAUAGUUUUGUUUAUACUUAUAUUUUCCUACUUUUUUGAUAUGGGAUGUAUUUUGUUUUCGUGUUGUGUUAUUUCGCCUCUUUUAUGUAAAAGUAUCAUUGUUGAGUUGAGUAUGUGAGAAAAAAAAAAACUAAAACGGGUAUCAACAAAUGCCUGCAAAGAUAUCAAGAAGCAAAACAAUGGAGGCUUCACAGUUUGAUAGUUCCCGAAUGAACAUUUCAACCAUCCAUUGGGAGUUAUAUUUGUCGUGUACUUUGACAUUUGAGGAAUAUAAUUCACAUUAACAGUGUAUUGAAGUUGUUCAGUCAACAGAUAGGUGCGGAUUCAGUCGAUAACUGUAAUGCUUGAUCGCGGUUCUGCUUCUUGGUUUCUAAAAUGACUGUCAAAAUAAAAUAAAUUUCAACAAAACGCUUCAAAAAAUCAAUAACCAUAAUUUAUAAUCAAAAUUUAUUUUGCGUCGCAAUUUGACAAGGAAAACAUAGUAUUGAAUAAAAACCAAGCACAGCUGAACGUUUUCAUCUAACACACUGCUACAGCAGGGGUAAUAAUAUGUGAUCACCAAGAUUAUCGAUAAAAUAAAUCAUAUAAUUCUAGAUUCCAGUUAACGACUUUCCGUAUAUUUACUCUCACUGAUUGUAUGUGCACUGAUCGUUUUUGGUCCCAUUUAUGUUAAAACGGUAGCAUCCUUGUUUGUCACAAUUCGCUAAUGACCCUAAUGAAAGUAGAGAACCGGACCAAUUUCCACUAUUGAGUUAAAAUCAUUGGUUUCCAUCUAUUUGAGCACUAUCUUCAAAUAAGUGUAAUGAGAAUUCUAAUAGAACGGGUUGUAACAAAAAGAAUACACAAUUUUUGGUUAGAAAAGGAAUUAUUUGAGGUAUAUCCAAUAAUAUCGAACAAUCUUAAAUCAGAUUUCUUAUAUAAUGUUGCAACAUCCAGAAACUCCCCGACUAGCUUUGAAUAGCUAAUGUGGGACCCAAUAUUUAUCAAGUAAAGCCGUAUAUAUUAAUUGAAAAAAAGAUCAAUAUUUCAUAUAUCUUACGCAAAAAAAAAAAACUGAUCAAAAUGAAUAACAUAUUAAAAUCGAGCAAUCAGCGGGACAAAUAUUGCAGAAUACAAGUCUUUAAAGAAAACGAUUAAUACAAGUAUAAAAUACAAAUGCAAAUCAGAUUUUUAUGGAGCCCUUUAUCCUCAUUCAAGUUCAGUCUACUUGUUUUGCAAUCAAUCAAACAAUGUAAAUCACAUCCACUACUCGGAAAGAGGAAAUUACUUACAUACACCCCACACACACACAGAUGAAGAGGGGACAUCUGUAUAAACACAAUUUUCAAUUGUGGCAAACGUUUCUCAUAAGUUACGUAAAGUGUAUAGCCAUUUCAAAGGGAUGGUGAAUAAUUGAAACAUCAAAUUUAAAAUAAAUAUGCUAAAAAUA